AUGAUGCUCAGCGCCGCCCGCUCGUUCAGCGCUCUCGCGCUGCGCAGGGCGAGGUUUCCCACGCAGGUGACCCGCUACGCGCCGGGGCAGCUCGCCCCGCUCGCGCGCCGCGCCGUCGCGUCCCCGCUCUGCGCCGCCUCCGAGGCUGCCGCGAAGGGCGCCGCGACCCCCGCGGGGGGCGACCAGAAGGCGCCCUACCCGCCCCUCAAGGUGACCGCUCCCGGCCGCGUCGUCGCCCUCGGCGACGUCCACGGCGACAUCGGCCAGGCCAGGCGCGCGCUCACCAUCGCGGGCGUCCUCGGCGACGGCGGCGACGCCGUGAAUCCCGAGUGGACCGGCGGCAACACCGUCGUGGUCCAGGUGGGCGACGUGCUCGAUCGCGGCGACGACGAGAUCGCCAUCCUCAUCCUGCUUCAGAAGCUCCACAAGCAGGCGGAGGCGCAGGGCGGCGCGGUGUACAUCCUCAACGGUAACCACGAGGUGCUCAACGUCUCCGGGGACUUCCGCUACGUCACCCAGGGUGCGUUUCAGGAAUCCGCGAGGUUCGGCGAGCACCUCGUGAACCUCUUUGGGAGCGCGUUUAAGGAGGCGUUCGGCGGCGGCGAGGAGGACCCGCGGAAGAGGCAGGUCAAGGCCAGGGUCGGACUGUUCUCCCCCGGCGGCCCGCUGGCGCAGCAGCUCGCGAUGAAUAGCACCGUUCUCAUCGUCAACGACACCGUGUUUGCGCACGGCGGGCUCAUGCCGCGGCACGUCGAGUUUGGCCUGGAGCGUCUCAACAACGCGGUGGCGGAUUGGAUGAGGGGUGCGGAGAUCGUCUCGGAGGAGGAUCGCACCGCGCUUGGUAUGGCCAUCGGAAGCGUGAAGGACAGCGUGGUGUGGAACCGAACGUUCGGGACGGAGAACUUCGUCACGGACAGCGACAGGGACAGGGCGUGCGAGGUGCUGGGUAACACGCUGGACGCGAUAUCCGAAAAAUACGGCGCCGCGAAGAGGCUGGUGGUCGGUCACACCCCGCAGCUCGGGGGUUGCAACGGGGAGUGCGACGGACGGAUCUGGAGGAUCGAUGUCGGGAUGUCGUUCGGCGUGGUGGGGGCGGAUCCGGAGGUUAUCGAGAUUGACGGGGACGAGGUGCGGGUGCUCAACUCGCGAGUCCCCGCCAAGCAGGCGUCCAAACUCUGA